UCGUGGUGCCAAUUUUAUAACUCAGGUUUUGCUGAGACCAGGUGCAUCAGACUUAACAGGGAGUUUCAGGUUAUACAGAAAAGAAGUCUUACAGAAACUAAUGGAAAAAUGCGUUUCUAAAGGAUACGUCUUCCAGAUGGAGAUGAUUGUUCGGGCUAGACAGUUAGGAUAUACUAUUGGAGAGGUUCCUAUUUCAUUUGUGGACCGUGUCUAUGGAGAAUCUAAACUAGGAGGCAAUGAAAUAGUCUCCUUCUUAAAGGGACUCUUGACCUUGUUUGCUACAACGUGA